CCUAUUGGCUGAUGGGAAUUGUCUGGAGCCUGGAUGUGGCUGCUGUCAAGGCUUCAUACUAUUAAAACUCCCCAAACUCCUCCAGCCUCCCUGACACUUGUUGCUGCUACUUUGUGCGUAAAAAGCAACCCAGAGAGAGAGAGAGAGAGGAAGAGAGAGGCCAGCCGAACCGCUCCAGCAUCUUUUUGGGGGGAGUGAUGAACUCCAUCGAUCCUCAGUCCCAUCACCACCAGCACCACCAGAACCACCAGAACCAGCACCACCACACCUCCCCGACCGUCGGUUCGCUCCCACCCAAAGGCGCACAGGAGGCCCCGGAUAUGGCCGCCGUGUACUGCGAGAACUUCAGCAGCAUGUACCACCACCAGCAGAGCCUCCAAGGCGCGCAAAGACCCCCCGGCGGAUACGGCCUGGGGGAUUACGCAUCGUCUCCAAACCCGUACCUGUGGCUCAACGGGCCCCCGGGCGUCAACUCGUCCGCGUCCGCGUACCUGCACGGAAACAACCCCGCGUCCUUCAUCCCCCCCUCCUACGGAUCCCAGAGGCAGUUCCUCACCAACUCACCCGGCUUCGGGGGUCCGGACCUGGGCUGGUUGUCCAUCGCCAGUCAGGAGGAGCUGCUGAAACUGGUGCGUCCUCCGUACUCGUACUCCGCGCUCAUAGCCAUGGCCAUCCAGAACGCGCACGAAAAGAAGCUGACCCUGAGCCAGAUCUACCAGUACGUGGCAGAUAACUUCCCCUUUUAUAAGAAGAGCAAAGCCGGCUGGCAGAACUCCAUCCGACACAACCUGUCUCUGAACGACUGCUUCAAGAAAGUCCCGAGGGACGAGGACGAUCCAGGAAAAGGAAAUUACUGGACGUUGGAUCCAAACUGUGAGAAGAUGUUCGAUAAUGGGAAUUUCCGUCGGAAAAGGAAGCGACGUUCCGAUCCCAGCGGCGCAGGAGGAGUGGCAGUGGCAGCGGUUGGGGCCACAAAGGUGGAGGAUGGGCGGCCGGCGGCAGGGGCCCCUCUGAAGCCCUCAGACAGCCCCCAGCUCCUGGGCCCGUCCUCCCCAGAGAUGGAGGCGAUGAACGACAACCACAAAGGCUCCACGUCGUCGUUGUCGCCCCCGGGUUUGGCCUCCGCCGCCGCCGCCGCUCCGUGUUUCAAUAACUUUUACAGCAGCAUGUCCACGCUGAGCUCGGGGGCCCCCAGCCGGCCCCAGGGGUCUCUGGGACUGGUGAACGAGCUGUCGAACAGGAACAUUACGGCUCUGAGUCCGUACCACGCCAACCACGGCGGGCAGGACACAGGGGCGUCGGAGCACGGCGAGGGCUUGCAUUUCAACCGUGGAGUGUACUACAACACGUUUGGCAGCGGACAGAGCGGACAGUUCAACAGCCACUUCUACAACAGCUUCAGCGUCAACAGCCUGAUCUACCCCCGGGAGGGAGCCGAGCUAUAGGGGACGCCGCCGCUUUAAGGACCCGUGCAUUCAUUCAGCGUCAAAUGUCCAUUAACCCACAAAGACCCAAGGGCUACGUUUGUGUCAGCUCCAAAUGAUUUCAACUUUUCUUAAGGGAUUUAUCACCAUUUAUUCCAAUUUUAUGAUCAGAAUUUAAUAAUAAUAAUACCUUUUAUUUACAGACGCCUUUCAGGACACUCAGGGUCA